CUUUAAGAGCCACCGCCCGCCCCCUCUGUAUUUUUAGCUGAGCCAGCCACUUCAUUCGCUGGAUAAGACAGACAGCUGUGUACCGUAUGAUCUCACUUAAUCGUUUUAAUAAAUGACAUCAAAUCGCAUACUGCGGAUUCGCCGUGAGGCCCGUUACAGCCAAGCCGUUUCUACGGAGAUGUCGUAUAAGGUAGACGUUUGUCCCGCCGCUGACGGAUGGUGAAACGCUCAAUCAGCCUGUGGAUGCUUGAUGUCCGUUAUGAAACGCAAUGCUGCACUGGGUGCCGAAUGUUAGGCGCAGCGCUUUUGAUAUCAAAUGAAUCACAAGGAACCAAUUUAGCUGCAAAAGACUCCUGCGGCGCGGACGGUUCAAGGUGGCCCAGCAUCCUUCUGCUCAGCCCUCAGCUUCCUGUCUUCUCUUGGACUGUGGAUAACAAGAAGCCUUCAAGACGGAGGGGGUGGUGGAGCAUCGAGGAAAAAAUAGGGGCAAUAUGAGAGAGCGGGACUUCAUGCCCAAUAUGGAGAGGGGCAAACCUGCCACUUACACGGGGGACAAAAAGGCAAAGAUGGCUGCUAAGACUAACAAGAAGUGGGUGAGACUAGCCACUGUUUUUGCAUAUGUAUUGUCCGUGUCCUUAGCAGCCAUUAUCCUGGCAAUUUACUACAGCCUGAUCUGGAAACCAACUAGUGCAUCCUCUUCUGCGGGGAAGCCGGGGGUGCCUGAAGAGGUCACCCCCACCGCAAACAUCUCAACUGAUAUUACCACAAGCAACAAUGUCUCAGAGUGGAACUCUACACAGACAGGGCAGCUAUCUCUCAACCACAGCACGCAGGGCACAACCCCGCACAGUCAGGCGUUUCAGUGGGAUGGCAUAGCCGAGAGUGUGGCUGUUUCCCCGCGCGGUGCCGGAGCAGACGUUGCGCACUCGCAGCAGGAGGAAGGACUCUACGCAUCAUCCCACGGUCACACAGGCGCGGAGAGAUCGGGCACUUUGGGCAGAGAGACGCGUGCGUCUCAAAGCCAUUACACCCAGUCCAGCACCAGGGAGUCUGGCGCUGCUUUCAACGAGGACGAGGAGGAGAGGGAGACGCGCGGUCGGGGCGUAAGGGCGACCGACCAACGCGACCCCGAGCAGGCGCCUGCUGCAGAUUCUCCAACUGUCCCUCCGACGAGAGGAGACUGAUCGGGCCUGACUCCCUCUACCACCACCACCACACACCCCCUGGCCCCUCACACUCUCUCUCACACACACACACACACACACACACACACACACACACACACACACACACACACACACACACACACACACACACACACACACACACACACACACACACACACACACACACACACACACACACACACACACACACACACAAACUGACCCAACAAGGAGUGUUUUGCAGACUCAGUGCCGCAGGUCGGAUAACACACGGGUCUUCUUCUUUAAACUCAUUCUGCAGAUCCCCAAUGUGGAUGCUGAACUGCACAUGUUACCUGAUACCUGGCUCUUAUGGCUGAAUAAAGAGGAGACCCCGCUUCUUCUGUGAACACUGUUUCCCCCCUCAACACUAACUAUGCGUUUUUUUUCCGUCUUAGGCCAUCUGUAUGCCUUAAAAUCAGUGUGUGUCUACUUUACCUCGGACAGCUUCCGUGGCCACUAACCUGCCUGUACGUGUGUACAAGACUGGUAUAGAUAUUUUUGUUAAAUUAAUAGGACAAAGGCUCCAGAGAUGCUUUUGGUUUUGUAGGACAUGAAUAUGUCUCACGGGCAUACAGCGCUUAACAUCACUGCCAUUCAUCAGCUGGUCUAAAUCAAUACUGCAUUAUUGCAUUUUAACAUAGGCUGUACUUUUCUUUUCAUGGAUCAAACCUGGAUUCCGAGUAGAAGAACCCGCAUUAUUGAGUUAUGCUCAGGUAUGUGCAUAUAACCAUGUAAAUGUAUUGUGUAUUUGGUUAUGUACAUAUAGGGCAGGCAUACAUCUUUUUGGCCUCGAUGAACUUUUAGUGUAAUUAGAUGAUUUUUAUUAAAGGUACAGUAUGUAUAAUAGGUAUAACUAUAUCACAAGGUACAAAUAAACAUCCUUAGAAAAUGA